AUGGUGGAAUCGGAAACUUUAGAGGUGGAUGUAGGUUCUUGCGACACAAGCGGCAGUUCUAUCAUUCUCACCGAGUUCAGUGGAGAUGACUUUAUAGGGAUAUUUGAUUUUCUUCAAAAUAAGAAAGCAUUGUUUUUCCUUACUGCUCUAUCCAAGGCGAUAGAACAAGUAAUGUCAGAUCAAGAUAGUGAGGAUGAAGUUGAUGAUGACAUUGCAGAUUUUGAAGAUCGAAGGAUGCUUGAUGAUUUGUUGAUUGUUAGCAAAGAUGAGAAACAACUUAUGCAUCUUUGGAACUCAUUUGUUAGGUGGGAAAGGUGGUCCUGCGGAUGUCACGUUCCUUGGGCUUGUGAAGCAUUUUCCAGACUUCAUGGGCGGGAUCUGGUCCUUUCUCCAGCACGAUUUGUUUGGUGUUGGAGGCUAUUCAUGAUCAAACUCUGGAAUCAUGGUCUUCUUGAUGGGUGCACGAUGAACAACUGUAACCUGAUUCUCGAAAGAUGCCAGAUGAGGGAUCAGAUUAGUUAA